CUCCGCCUGCCGCCACCGCCUCCUGCUCGCACCUGCCCACGGCCCGGGCCUGGCUGGGGCGGGUCCGCGGGCGGGCGGCCUGAGAGGCUCCGGGCCUGCCGCGGGACGCCCCACCCUGCCUGCGCCGGUGCCGCAGCUCCUGUCCAGCGAGCCCCUUAGCUCCCGCGGACCUAGGCAAGCGGGAGCCCUUUGGAGCCCGCUUCACCUACCUCCCCAGCAUGCGGACGCCGACGGAGAUGAUCGUGGGGCUGGUGCUGUGCCCCUGUGGACUCCUGCUGACACUCACGGGCACGCUGGCACCCAGUUGGAGGCAGGUGAGCCUCAUACCUGACCAGCCCAUGGACGUCGUCUGGGAGCAGGGCAUUUGGGACAUAUGCAGAGAGCGGCAGAGCACCCAUGACCGCCUCUGUGGGCAAGCUGACGAGCUGGGCUACUUUGAUCAGGUGCCCGUGCGGGUCGCCCAAGGGCUGAUGCCCUCCUCGCAGGUUGUCACCCUGGUGGGCUUUGUGGUGGCUUCCCUGGGUGUCCGUUGCUGGCAGCGAGAGCCCCGGCACCUAGUGGCCGGCGUGGCAGGGCUGGUGCUGCUCCUCUCUGGGCUGAUGAGCCUCGUGCCCAGCUCCUGGUACACCCAGGAGCUUUGGAUAAUGCCUGCUCCGCCUGGCAGCACACUGAGCGUAGGCUACAGCUUGGUACUGAGCUAUUUGGGAAGCUGUAUGGAGAUCCUGGGGGGGCUGGCCCUCGCCCUCAGCUUCCAUCACUGCUGCAAGGAGCGCAGGGCCCCCAAAUUGCCCCCCACCCCUGUGCCAGAGGCUGGGUCGUGCUCCAGUAGAGCUUACAGCAAUCCCUGGGACGUGCUGGAGGAUGAGCAAGAUGGACAGCACUGGGGGAGCAGCCCACCUUGUGACUCUGACUUGUAGCCCCAGCACUGGGACAGCAGUCACAUCCCUGGUGUCAAGAGCAGUGCUGGCCCCUGCCCCUACAAGCCAUGCCCUUCUCCUGCAACCCCUCUGAACAGGCUGGAAACAAGACCAAGGACCUGUUUUGAAUAUUUGCAACUUCCUCAAAAGCCUGCUGUGCUCCAGGAUCUAGAACUGUGCCAAAGCUAUACUGGAUUGAGGACCAGAGGUGGCUCCAGUCCCUCCAUGCUGCUUUUACCUCAUCUUCCUGUACCAUGCACAGCAGCUUGGGCAGAGACACCUUUGGGGUUCCCAUGUAAGCUACAUACAGAUCAGAAGUGUGUAACCUUCAGAGCUGGCAGUAGGGGAGAUGAGCACCUGUCUCAUGUAUCUGCUUAGCUCAGGACUAUGCGAACAGCAAAAUAAAUGCAAAGCAAUGGG